GAUGAGCAUCUGCAACAGGAUAUAUAUUGGAUAAGUAGGAAGCAAUACUGUAAUGUGCAUGGAAAACACCUCUCUACAGGUGCUGCCGCUAUUCUAAGUUCUAAGCUCUAAGUUCUAAGUUCUAAGCAGAUAUAUACAGAUCCAUGGAGACUGAAGCCGCUAACAAGACUCUUCCAGUAAGAGAUCCAGCUACCGAACUCGAUGAUGAUGGCAGAGCCAAAAGAACCGGGAACGUGUUCACGGCCACAACGCACAUAAUAACGGUGGUGGUAGGAGCAGGAGUGCUGGCCCUGGCAUGGGCCAUGGCUCAGCUUGGAUGGAUAGCUGGCCUUGCUGUUAUGAUCAUUUUUGCAUCCAUUUCCAUGUACACUUACAAUCUCAUUGCUGAUUGCUACAGAUAUCCUGACCCUGUCAGUGGCAAGAGGAACUACACUUACAUGCAAGCCGUCAAUGUAUACCUUGGUGGAACUAUGCACGUGUUUUGCGGAGCGGUCCUAUAUGGGAAGCUCGCUGGGGUUACAAUUGGCUACACUAUAACUAGUUCAAUAAGCUUGGUGGCUAUAAAGAAAGCCAUUUGCUUCCACCAAAAAGGUCAUGAUGCUUAUUGCAAGUUUUCAAAUAACCCCUACAUGAUCGGGUUUGGGAUUGGGCAAGUUUUACUGUCUCAAAUCCCAAAUUUCCAUAAGUUAACGUGGCUUUCAACCAUUGCUGCCGCUACCUCUUUCGGUUAUGCUUUCAUUGGAAGUGGGCUUUCUCUAGCAACAGUGAUCGCAGGUAAAGGACAACCAACCAGUCUAUAUGGAAACAAAAUAGGGCCUGACCUAUCUGAAUCAGAUAAAGUUUGGAAGGUUUUCAGUGCUUUGGGAAACAUUGCGCUUGCUUCCUCUUUUGCUACUGUUAUUUAUGAUAUAAUGGACACAUUGAAGUCAUAUCCACCAGAAUGCAAACAGAUGAAAAAGGCGAAUGUGUUAGGAAUCACGUUAAUGACAAUACUUUUUCUACUAUGUGGUGGCCUUGGCUAUGCUGCUUUUGGACAUAACACACCGGGGAAUAUCCUCACUGGCUUUGGAUUUUACGAGCCAUUCUGGUUGGUGGCCCUUGGGAAUGUUUUCAUUGUAGUCCACAUGGUGGGAGCAUAUCAGGUGAUGGCUCAACCAUUAUUUCGUGUAAUUGAGAUGGGUGCAAACAUGGCGUGGCCGCGUUCAGAUUUCAUAAACAAGGGAUACCCACUAAAAAUUGGGUCCUUAACAUGUAACAUCAACUUUUUUAGGCUAAUUUGGAGGACAAUAUAUGUGGUAGUGGCCACAGUUAUUGCCAUGGCGAUGCCAUUUUUCAACGAGUUUCUUGCCUUGCUUGGAGCUGUUGGGUUUUGGCCACUCAUUGUCUUCUUCCCUGUACAAAUGCACAUUGAACAGAAACAGAUUAAGAAAACGUCAUUGAAGUGGUUUGUGCUCCAAAUAUUGAGUUUCGCGUGCUUCCUAGUUACAGUUACCGCUGCAGUUGGAUCCGUUCGUGGAAUUAGCAAGAAUAUCAACAAGUACAAAAUUUUCAUGUAUAAACAAUAGAGCAUUUGGUUGCACAUACUCGUGUCUCACAUACGAGAUAUGUGAACGUAGCGAUAGCCAGGAAGAAAAAGAAGUGAGACAGACUGAAAAUAAUUCGAUUGUAAAGUUAUCUGAGAGAAAUAUUAUCCUAACUCAGGGUGUGUUUCUUUCAUGUGACAAGGGCAUUUCAAAUGUCUAUGAUUUAAAGGAUUUUUUUUUCUUUCGCAAAAUGAUUGUAUCAGAUAGUUCCUUGCUACUAGUGAAACUAGAUUGAGAUCUCAAAAUAAGUUCUUAGUUCAAACCUUAUA